GAGAGAGUACGGAGUGUAAGUUAGCUAGAGAGGGUGGGAGAGGGCCAGGGAGCACAUUAGAGGCGUAGCGCCAACGUCUGAACCGUCGUUGCUCUCCUCGUCAUGCCGUCGAUGCCGUGCACCCGAAGGACGAGGACGAUCGACAAUGUAUAUUGACAUGGAGCUCGCGGAGGUUUCCCCGCUCCGCGGGCCAUCGGCUUCGAUCCCACGAGUCUACUAGCUUUAUUACCAAAAAAGGUUCAUUCACCUCUCGCUCUGUCUCUGUCCUGUGCUCGCUGAUCGCCCGUUCGUUGGAUCCUUUCGGAGCUCCUUGCGUCCUCGUGUCGCGCUUUGCAAGAGCAGCGACGUUAAAAUCCUCGCAAGCUCACCUUACGCAAGGCGCAUGACGAUGGCGUCAACUUCGAGCACCUCGGCCCAGGUACUCUUGAACAAGGGCAAACGAGGCGCAUCCGCCUACAUCCAUGCUGAGUGUAGUAAUGCCGCCCUCGGAUCCAGCUGUCCUCAUCAUCUCAACGAGUUGCUGGACAUCUUGCUUAUUCCCAGCAAACCUAUUGAUGACUGGGAGACCAUUGACUGGUGUAAAUGGCUCAUGGCUGGUGGACGGACCCCCGAUGAGUUUGCUAAUACAGUGAGAGUCUACGACAAUGCAACGACAUGUGGUCUAGUUUGGACACCCAAUUUUGUGGCGUAUCGAUGCCGUACCUGUGGAAUUUCACCGUGUAUGUCACUGUGCACCGAAUGUUUUAAAAAGGGAAAUCAUCAUAGGCAUGACUUUAACAUGUUUCUUAGUCAGGCUGGUGGAGCCUGUGAUUGUGGCGAUACUUCUGUUAUGAAAGAAACAGGAUUUUGUGACAAACAUGGGCCAAAAGCUGCUGUUAAUAAGUCAGCGGCACCAUCUGAUUUGAUGUGCGUUGCCGAAGCAAUAAUGCCAAGGAUAAUAUUAAGACUUAUUCAACAUUUAAGAGAAAACUGUAAAGUGGGCCAUCCUGACUAUAAAGGUGCAAUUCAGGAAGCUGAUCCUUAUUUAAAAAUGCUGCUUGAUUUAAAUAAUAUGGGAGCUUUAAUGAGAUGCGUAAUGACAACAGCUCUUACAAAUCCUCAAAAGUAUCGUGGUCUUAUGGACCCUUCAUGUUUUACUGGGCAUUCCGAGUACGAUCAUUACUGUCAGGACAGUAAUAAAAUAUAUCAAGAUGCAAUUAAAGCUCUACCAAACCCAGAACCACCGCACGAGUACAAAGAAUGCGCAUCUUUACAAGAGCAUUUGGAACAUACAACAUUUCUAGAAGAACUAGUGUUUUGGACAGUAGCUUAUGAAUUUCCCCAAAAACUUGUUUGCUUACUGUUGAACAUGUUGCCUGACCCGGACUAUAAAGAAGCGCUGACACGUGCUUUUGUUUUACACUACAGUAGGAUAUCAAUGAUGUUAGAACGUUCUACCGAUCCUGAUACCUUAAGCAACAGAGUCGUUCAUGUCAGCGUCCAGCUAUUCAGUAACGAAAGUCUGGCAGUUAGAAUGGUUGAUCAAUUAAAGUUACUUCAUGUUAUGGUGAUCAGUCUAAAGUACAUGAUGAGCAAAAUUUUGAUUCAAAAUACCCUUCAUGAUCCAGACAAAAAUUUUCAUUAUGUAGUCGAUUGUGGUCGACAAGUGAUGAAAGAGCAUUGCUAUUGGCCCCUCGUUUCCGAUCUUAAUAAUGUUUUAUCUCAUAAACCAGUUGCCCAAAGAUUCAUGAAUGACAUUGCUUUGUUAGAAAUGUGGUUUGAUUUUCUAUCUAUGUUUCAAGGUAUGAAUGUCAAUCAAAGAGAAUUGAGUCAACAUGUUGAAUUUGAACCGAAUACGUAUUAUGCCGCAUUUAGUGCUGAACUUGAAGCGAGUGCAUAUCCAAUGUGGGCACUUGUUUCGCAUCUUCGAGGACCUGAAAGUGCUUUACUUAGCCGUCGGGUAUUAAAUUUGUGUCUCACAGCGUUACAAGAUUGGUUAGACGCAGUAAAUUAUACCCAUCCAAAUGUGAGUGACAGUCUUCAAGUAUCAUUUCAUUUGCCUCUUCAUCGAUAUUAUGCCGUCUUCUUAUGCCAAGCAGUGCGACAACAAGGUGCAACAUUAAAUGAUUUGCUACCUCCCACUGAUAUGCUUCAUUUACUCAUGAUGCAUCCACUACGUGUCCAGGUGGCAUUUUAUGAAAUCUUGAAUAAUUUAUGGGUACGUAAUGGAUUGCAAAUAAGAGGACAAGCAAUGACUUACAUUCAAUGCAAUUUCUGUAAUUCAAUGGUGGAUGCCGAUCUGUAUUUAUUACAAAUAUGCGCUACCCAAUUACAACCCGACGUUUUCUUGGCAACAAUAAUUGAAAAGUUUCAUGUUAAGGAGUGGAUGAGCUUAAGUCGUUAUCAUGCACCGCAAAAUGAGUAUCUCGAAGGUGAACAUGAUACCUCAAUGUUAGAGAGCUGUUUGACUUUUUUGGCAACAUUAGUGAAUGUUCGAACCAAUUUAGGUCUUUCCGAUCCCGAAAUGUCAUGCUUAGAAAUGGUAACAUUGUUAUGUAUAGCUGAUAAAACUCAUAGCCAGUUAAUGGAAUUGAUGCCAGAACGCUGUGGCACUACUCAAAAUCGAGAUUUUGAAUCUGUUUUAGCAGAGGUAGCACAUUACAGAGCGCCGAAUCUAGAAGCUAGUGGAAACAUGCAACAAGGCAUGUACGGUCCAAAACCACGUGUUUGGGAUGAAUUGUUCGAUCCAUUACACGUUUUACUUAGAGCCGUACAAAGAAAGGACUUUCAAGUAUCAAUGGAUCGAUUUACAACAUACGUAAAGCAGUCUGGUAAAUUAAAAGCCAAUGCUACACCCUGGCCUCCAUUUCGUCAUCCUGCACCCGUUUCCGCGGACUACGACGAUCCACGGCUUGUACUUCGCUCCAAAGUAUUUCACGCAAUGAUUUUCGUAAUACUUUAUAAGGCGGUCAAUGGACAAAAUAUAUCCGAGCACAUAAUCGCCUUAGCCAUAUAUCUUUUAGAAAUGGCCGUAGUAUCCGCCGAAAUCCCCGAUAAAUCUACUCAUCCCGUGUGUCAAUAUAAUAGCGGCGGCGGAGCGCCACAUGUCUUUAAAGACAUGGACUUGAGUGGUUGGUUCAAAAAUAAUAAUCUUUCGGAAAAUUUGAGAACUCUGAUACCUAGGGUCGUGUUGAUCCAAGAACCAGAACAGAGCAGCUCUGACAGUGAAUUUGAAUGGGAAAUACAAGGUGAAAUGACCGAGGUGACAAUGUUGAACGACAGCGCCGACGAAAGUUCCAGCGGUGGUGUACUUGCUCUGCCGUCGUCAUCGGAUAACAAUGACGUACCCGACGACAGCACUACUGAUGCUGCCUCUUUGUCAGCUUUACCCACAACUAGCGUCGAAUACGGUAUUACAUAUGUACCGGAAGACAGGGUAGUCGCCAUACCACGCGACGAUAGCGAAGAUGAUUUAUUACCUUUGUCAAGAGCACUGCCACCAUCUACCGAGGAAUCCACGGUAUUUGCCCUCGAAUCACAUCCUACACCAAACACAAAUGAAAUGAAUAGUCAACCCGCGCUUCCACCGACUAUUCCACGUCCCGCCGUUUUGGCUGGCAAUGAAAUGGUCUUCGUUAAUUCUAUCAUUUCAAGGCUCAAUAAUACUGAAUCAACGUCGAUUGAAAUUGUACCUUCGACAUCUAAUUCUCAUAAGCACUUCAGACGAAGAGAUCCACAAACUGGAGCUGCGCAACCGCAAAUGGUACGAGUUGGAGAGAGCAUAAUUUCUCUACUACUGAAAUUACAUUCUCAAUUGUCCGGAGUGCCAGACAGUUAUAAUCCGGAAGAGUUUUUGGAGGCGGAGGCUGGAAGCAGUAUGGACACAUCGGCUCCGGCCAUCGAGUCGAGAAUCGGUGACGGGCCGUUCUUCAUCUCGCAGCUGUUGAAGAAAAUAGCCAAUUUAGAUCCAAUGUGUCGGGAAAACAUUAUUGAUUCGAGAAAUAGAUUAUGGCCGCGAAUGCAAGAUUGCGAGGAAGAGCAGAGGGAACGGGAAAAUCGCGAGAAGGAGGAAAGGCGUCGGCGUGCUAGGGAAAGGCAGCAAAAACUGAUGGCUGAAUUUGCUAGCAAACAAAAAUUAUUUAUGGAGAAGGCUAUGGAAUCUGAUGACGCAGACGGAUUUGUUAUGGACUGGGAUUCGGACGAGGGUCAAACCAAAAUGGCAAGCAAAAAAGAAUACGAUUGCGUUAUCUGUAAUCAAACGACACCGAGUAGCGAAGAUAAGCCAAUGGGUUUAGUAGUAUUAGUUCAAGCAACUAGCGUGAUAGGUCAUGAACGUCAACAUCCCGAGCGUUUAACACUCCCUACAUCCGAUGAUGAUCCACCGAUUCGACAACCGAAUGACGACACUCGUGGAGCUCACUUCGAUUACCGGAUAGAUGAAUUAAAUCGAUCGUUUGAUACGCUUUCAUGGUUAAUAUCGUUAAAUUUGGGCUGGGAAGGAGGUGUUCACGUGCAAACUUGUGGUCACCAUUUGCACCUAGACUGUCUUAAAUCGUACUUACAAUCACUUCGUAGUUCACAAAGGCAACAAAAUCUGGCUGUGGAUAGAGGAGAAUAUAAUUGUCCUUUGUGUAGACAAUUGGCUAAUUCCGUUCUUCCUUUAUCGCCUCAAUUAGGCGAGUGCUCAGCGGUUGUGUGCUCUCGUCAUUCGUCACCUGAAACAAUACUCCUGGAGCUCAAUAAUUUUCUGAAAGAAAUUCAACGAAGUCCCGUUACAUCGAAUUUAGCGAUGGCAAUGGGAAAGGCAAUGGAAGACAUGACAAGCUCUACUUAUUUGAAAUACAAACAAAAAAACUGGAGUACUAGUCAUCAAAAUCUGUUCCUUUUUGUUACAUCCGUGGCGCGUACUAAUUUCGAAGUCGAGCUUGUACAGCGGGGUGGUUCACUUUGCAUACCACCACCUACAACGAUUCCUCUCACACCGAAGCGUGAGUGCAUAGUUGCACUGCUAUAUGUGUUAGCCGUUCAUGCAAGGGUGUUAACGACAUGGCCUGUUCACCAUACAUGGCAACAAUUAUCGGGGUUACCCUUAGACCCAGUUCCACAAUUAGCUCUUACAGGCCAAGAAGGAGAAGUUCCAUUACUGCUAAGAGAUCCAACUGCUCUACUUAUUCAAUUUAUACUGUUGUUGCCACUUCAUUUAGAUCAAACAUACUUUUCCGCCGUGGUGAAAGUUUUGUAUAAUUUAUUGUACUACCAAGUUGUAUUACAAAUUAGUUGCGGCUUAACGCAAGCUGAAAGAAGCGCUAUCAUUGGUCGAGGAAUGUUAAAUGAUCGAUCAUGUCCGACAACUUCAGAGGCUAUUUUACGAACUGUAAUCACCUAUUUCCGUGAUAGUGAGCUUUAUCACAAUGACGAUGCAACGUCAACUUCAGCAACGAAUCAUGCCAAGAUAAGAAGCCACGUAAUUGAGCAGCAGAUUCAAACAUUGUGCUUGCCUUUUCUGCGAGUGGCAACACUGCUUCGACAUCACUUAUACGAGCAGCCGAUACCUUUAAUACGUUCUCCCGAAACUGAAUUUGUAAGGCUUGUUUAUUAUUUGGAAUUAGUAACCGAGGGUAUGGACUGGAAUUGCUUUAAUGCAUCGGUAGUAUUAAACUGGCAAAACGAGGAUGUGUCCGUUUCUGUACCAAGGCUUUGGUUCGAUCAGUUUGGUGCCUUUGUCAGUCAUAGUGAAAUUGCUGCCAGAAGCUUAAUCAUUGAUCAGCAUAUAUCAUGGCAUAUGCCAAAAUUACUCAGUCUUCCAAGAGAGUAUGAAAAAAUCUUUACAUACUAUCAUGAACGACAGUGCCGCCAGUGCCAUUCUGUGCCACAAGAAAUAAGUGUGUGCUUGUUAUGCGGUACAAUUGUGUGUUUGAAGCAAAAUUGUUGUAAACAAUCAAAUGUUUUUGAAGCCGUUCAGCAUUCUAUAGAUUGUGGUGGCGGAACAGGUAUAUUUUUAGUCGUGACUUCGACUUAUGUCGUUGUGAUUCGAGGAAGGAGAGCUUGCUUAUGGGGAUCUUUAUAUCUUGAUGAUUUUGAAGAGGAAGAUAGGGAUUUAAAACGGGGAAAGCCUCUUUAUCUAAGUCAGGACAGAUAUCAACUAUUGGAACAACAAUGGCUGGCCCACAGAUUCGAUCACACGAAGAAGACUUGGGUCGGACAUCGAGAUGCACUGUGACCCAUUAAAAUAAAAACCAAUCCAUCUGAAGUAAUAUUAAAAUUUCGAGUUACGGCCCAAUGCCUCGCCAAUGUUCACAAUGCUUUAAAAGUUAAUAAAUCCCUCUGAUGGCAUAUAGAUAUUAUAUUUAUUCUGAGGCAAAAAAUAGA